UGCGUGUGUCCUGGCAUGUGACGAUGGAGGAGGAGGAGAGGGGGGGGGAGUGAAGCAAAGCAAAGCAAGUCAAAGCUAGGAACAACAAGGAGAGAGUCGGGGAGGGAUUAUCAGUUCACUAUGCUUAUCUGCAUGUGAUAUGCUAGUGAGCAAAAGUGUCCAAAGUGUUCAAAGUGUUUUUCUGCUCAGCGGUUUGUCAGCCACAUGAAGGCCUGAGUCAAUCUAAGUUUGAGUUAGCAGACUGACGAUAGCUCCUGCUGCUAGCCUGGACUUCAUAUCACUUGUCAACAGCCGAUCGAUCCUGGACGGGGCUGCUUUCGCUCACAUUUUAUUUUCGGCCUGUUAGGUCACUCCACGUAGCGUGAAAGUCUUCUCAACCAGCAGCACUAUUGGGAGAGUGGAACUAUGAUGGCAACGUGACAGGAGGGGACCCGCUGAGUCAGCUUAAACAGUAACCAUGGAAGGUAGAGAGCAGCACGAGAGGGUGAAUGGCCAUCGCAAGUCCAAAUCCCCGCAGGACACGGCCGAUGGCAGGUGGUCACCUAUGGAGGGAGAGUCUGGAGGUUCAGACAGCUGUGGGGGGAAAAGUGUCUCGGAGCCGAUAGACAUGCAAGAGUUAAAGGCCAGGGAAAGGGAAGAUGAGGAGGACAAGAAGGAGAGGGAUGUAGUUUCUCCUUCUAAAGGCCUGAAAGGGGACCAGAAGAAAAAAGAUUGUCCCGAUCAGGAGAACAAACGCAGCAAGCAAAACAGCAGUGCCGCAUCCAACUACACAGACCUGUCCCAUACCUCGUCGCCCUCGCUGUCAGAACAGCUACGUCUCGGCCAAGAAGACAGCACAGGGUCUGGGAUCAGCGUGGAGUGUAAGGUCUGCGGGGACAAGGCCUCCGGCUUUCAUUAUGGUGUGCAUGCCUGUGAGGGCUGCAAGGGUUUUUUCCGGAGAACUGUGCGGAUGAAACUGGAAUAUGAUCGCUGUGAGCGUUCCUGCAGGAUUCAGAAAAAGAAUCGUAACAAGUGCCAAUAUUGUCGCUUCCAGAAGUGCCUGUCUUUGGGAAUGUCCCAUGAUGCGAUCCGAUAUGGACGUAUGCCUGAAGCGGAGAGGAAGAAGCUGGUGGCAGGCAUGCUUGCAGAUGAAGUGAGCCUCAGCAAACCAGGCGGAUCAGACCUGAAGACUUUGGCCAAACAAGUCAACGCAGCCUACCAGAAGAACCUCGUCAUGACCAAGAAGAGGGCCCGCAGCAUCCUGUCGGGGAAAACCAGCAGCAAUUCACCGUUUGUGAUCUAUGACAUGGACACGCUCUGGCAGGCUGAGAGUGGCUUGGUAUGGAGCCAGUUGAUUGCAGGUGCCCCCCUGACCAAGGAGAUUGGGGUCCAUGUGUUCUACCGCUGCCAGUGCACCACGGUGGAGACGGUGCGAGAGCUCACAGAGUUUGCCAAGAGCAUUCCAGGGUUUACGGACCUCUACCUAAAUGACCAGGUUACUUUGCUGAAGUACGGUGUGCACGAGGCUAUUUUUGCCAUGUUGCCCUCUCUCAUGAACAAAGAUGGACUGUUGGUGGCAAAUGGAAAAGGCUUUGUGACCAGGGAGUUUCUGCGCAGCUUGAGGAAGCCUUUCAGUGAGAUCAUGGAGCCCAAGUUUGAGUUUGCCGUUAAGUUUAAUGCUCUGGAGCUGGAUGACAGCGACCUGGCCCUGUUUGUUGCUGCCAUCAUUCUCUGUGGAGAUCGUCCCGGGCUAAUCAACGUGAAGCAGGUGGAGCAGAGUCAAGACAACAUCCUCCAGGCCCUGGACCUCCACCUACAAGCCAACCACUCUGACUCAGCCUACCUCUUCCCCAAGCUGCUGCAGAAGAUGGCCGACCUCCGUCAACUAGUAACUGAAAACGUUCAGCUUGUCCAAAAGAUCAAAAAGACUGAGUCGGAGACCUCGCUGCACCCCCUACUACAGGAGAUCUACAAAGACAUGUAUUAGUGUUCUCCAGCACAGACUCAUUUUAGCAAUACUGUUACAGACUGAAUAUACUUUCAUGAUUCGACACUGCAUUCAGUACAAGCACUGUUCCACGUACAGGCAUGGAUUGAAACGUGCAGAAGAGGCAACGUCGCAUAGUAGGGCUAACACAAUCAGCAAUGUCUUCUAAAUGUCAGCAUUAUCCUCAGGUGUGUGUGUGUGUGUGUGUGUGUGUGUGUGUGUGUGUGUGUGUGUGUGUGUGUGUGUGUGUGUGUGUGUGUGUGUGUGUGUGUGUGUGUGUGUGUGUGUGUGUGUGUGAGAGAGAGUGUGUGUUUGUGAGAUGAGCAUCUGGAAUCAUUUGCUGCAAGUCCUAGUUUCCCACAACGGUCACUUAACAGAGAGAAAGAUUUGUUUUCUCACGAGGCUGCUCCUGUUACAUUCUAAUAGCAAAGCUGACCCCAGAGCAGCGUCUGUAGAGAACUCCUCCUCGCUCACCUCGGCUCUGUGUUUGUCUGUGAAAGGAAAGCAUUUCAUGUUCGUAACACCAAUGGCAGAGUUGAAUUAGAAAAGAGCUGAAAGGUUUGAACGGUGCAAGAGUUUCUUAUGAUGCCAAUGUCUUUGGCAGAGUGAUUGUUCUCAGACCUUUGGUAAAGCUGAAGAUGCACAAUUCGGUUUUUGUUUACAUAAUCAUCAUCCUCAUCAAUGACCGCGAUUUUGCCAUUUGGUUAAUAAAACACAAACUGGGCUGGCUCCAGCAGUGUA